CUGUUCGGGAUGGUUUUUCCUUUGUUUGAAAUGCUGAAAAAAUGAUAAAAUUAAGACCCAAAUCGUGUAUAAUGCUGAUAAAAAGGAUAUAUUUACAAAUCAACUCAACAAUGGCAGACUAAAAAAUUGGAAACGUAUCGCCAGAAGGGUAAAUAUGUCGCCAUAUGGGGUGAUGCUGUAGAUGCGAAUUCUAGAGAUGUUGAUGAUAGAAAAGGAGUAGUGCUAUUCAACUGCUGAAGGAUCAAACACAUGGACCAGUGUAACCAGCCGCUAAGUUGUAGAACAGAAUUAACCAGGCAGUGUACAUCCACAGCUAAUGAUGGAUACCCACCAAAGAUCCCAGUGCAGCUUUGCUUUAACCUAUAAACAUGUUAGAAGACAAUAUGUAAAGCUGAAAACUCAAGACAGUGAACCCUUUUUGUGAUGUUAAUAAGUUGCUUAGGAACCUUUUAAUUGUUUACUUUGAUUACACUCGUUACCAUGGAUACAAACCAGUGCCAGGUGUGUGGGAAUUUUUUCAUCACGCUCACAUCCCUCAAUAACCAUAUAGAAACUCACAGCAAGAAAGAGCUGUACCAUUGCAUCCUGGGAUUGAGAAACACCAUAGCCAUGUUGUCUAGGCAACCGUUGCCAGAGGCAACUUACCAGGAGACGGUCAAUGUCACGGCCACUGACCUUUCACAGAACCACCAACCCCACAACUCCGCCCCACCAGAAAAACCGAUCACCAUGGUGACAAACCCAGCAUCUGCCUCUUCCUAUGAAAUCCAUACUUCUGCAGAAAGUUCACAACCAGGGAUCAUGCAUCCUAAGCCUCCUGCUUCCAUAGAAAACACAAUACCAAUAACACCACCUCACCAGGUUCUGGUUAACUCUGAACCGCAUGCUCAUCCUGAACCACACACUACUGAAUCUGGCUUGCACCAAACCACUGAGAACCUGCAGAGUGCAGCUGCCCUUAAUAAUGUCACAGAUUCUGGGAAUGUAGGCCCCAGCGAGGGUGAUAUGUUGACCUGUCCGAUCUGUAAGAAAAAGCUAACCUCGUCAUACACACUGUAUCGCCACAUGCAGAGUCAUUACGACAAACAGGCCGACACAUGUCAAGUGUGUGGAAAGGAGUUUGUAGGUAAGCGGAGUUUGGUCGUUCACAUGAGGACACACACAGGGGAACGUCCGUAUAAAUGCAACACGUGCGGAAAGCAAUUUGCUCAGUACGGCACGCUGUACCGGCACCGACAAAUACACAACAAAGCAGAAAACGCCAACAACCAGACUCCUGCAACUCCAGCCCCAGCAGAAACUGCCCCGACAGAGGAUCCAGCCAAUCAGAAACACCUACAACAGGGACUAGCCAAUCAGAAACACUUACAGCAGAGCCCAGCCAAUCAGAAGCAUGUUCAGAACUCAGCACCUGCAACAGUGGGUCCAGAGAGUGAACAGAUGUCAUCUGAAAACAGGUUAGAGAGGGUGCCCAUGGUGACAGAAAACAGAGACGUUUCUGAGGUCCCUCGGGCUCCUGAGAAGACCACGAUUCUUAGUGUACCCAGCACGGAGCACAUGACACAUGAUCAGCAGGAACUGGGGGAAAGUUCAGGGUACCCCAACCCACCCCACGUGUCUGACACAGAGGCUAUCAAUAAUCUCCUGUAUCAGCAUGUGUUUGGGGACCAACAGCAGUUUCUGCAGGGUUAUCUACAAAAUCAGCUGUUUGCACAGACACUUGCGAGAUUUCCCAACUGGGGCUCCGAGUUUGCUCUAAUGGCUGGAUACCCGGGGUAUGCUGGUCUGGAUUACAAGAAACCAGAAGCAGAUCAAAAUUACGACAUGUCUGUUCUACCAAAUCCCCAGAUAGAGAAAACUAGGGCUGAUACCUCAGCGGACCAACUACAGGAAACUUUCAGUGACAAUUCAGUCACAUCCUCUAAGUCAGAACGUCUGGAGUCAUUUUCUAGUCUCACUGAGUCUCUUCUACGCAGGAGAAAUCAGAGUCCGGUUGUGACCACCGUCAAUUCUGCUGUGGGUCCAGGUAUUCCUGCCACCCAGACACUGUCUGACUCCACCCCGUCGGCCUAUCCGUCAUCGCUCGGUAUUCACCCCCCACCUCCCCCCAGCUACGAGGCAGCAGUCCAGCAAUCGUUAGGAUCACCAGCACUCCUAAACACACCCGUGGUUGAAAAUGAUCAAAGUCAGAAUUCUCUGUCCACAGCAGUCAACAUGACCAUGGAUAUCUCCUGUAAAGUCUGCGCUCAGAAGUUUCAAACCUCCGCAGAACUGACCAAACACAUGUCUCAGCACACUGAGAAGAACUUUGUUUGGUGUCAGAUUUGUCACAGUAAGUUUACCACGCCGUUCUCUCUGCGUCGCCACAUGAAGAUUCACACCGGAGAAAGAGACGAAGUCUGUGGUGUCUGCGGGAAGCGCUUCAUUGAUAAGCCCCGCCUCGUGGUGCACAUGAGGACACAUACAGGGGAAAAGCCGUACGCCUGCUCCAUAUGCCCUAAAACUUUUUCAAGGCGAGAAGUGCUGAAGCGACAUGAAAAGACACAUUCAACAUUCAAACCAUUGGAGACAUCAACCCCAAAGCACAUUUACGAGGACAUACCAAGGAAACAGGAGGUUGAGGUAAGGAAAGAGCCGGAACAGUCUCAAAUGGACUCUGGGAUGUAUCUCUCUUUUGAUGAGGAUAAGGCGGCAAUGAUGUCAUACCUGCCGAGCGAUCAUCCAGAAAACACAACUGUAAUAUCGGAGCCAGAGCCGGAAAAACCGGUGGAGGAGGCCCGGUAUAUGUACACAGCAGACGACAUCAAGUCAGACACGCCUCCAGGAAGUGAUGUCACCUACCAACAUGAAGACAUACCCAUCAUGCCUCAGCAAGAGGAAGUGUCUGCAGAAGUGAGCGACACGGAAAAUCCCUCUCCGAAAGCCAUAGAAAACAAUCAGGAGGUUUCCACUGAUGUACCUUCUGACUCAGGAAGUGGGAAAGAUGCAGAGGUGGAUCGCGAUUCUCGCACCAUGAACGAGAUCAAUGACAUGUUGAUGAGAAACUUCACCAGUAAGGUAGAGGGCGCUAAGCCAUACCAGUGCGAUGUGUGUAAUAGGAAGUACACGAUGCAGUCAUGCCUACGGCGACACAUGCUGGUACAUACUGGACUGAAGCCAAAUCGAUGUCAGGUGUGUGGGAAGUCGUUCGUGGAAAAACAGCAACUCUUGGUCCAUUUCAGGAUACACACAGGAGAACGUCCUCACCAAUGUUCUGUGUGUGGGAAACGCUUCACUCAGUACGGAACACUACAUAACCACAUGCAGGUACAUCGGAAGCAGCAGUUGAGUCAGGCUAUGAAUCUGAGCAGUAAAGGUGAAGAGGAAUUAUCAGAGUUUACAAUAAAGAGAGAAGUCAGCGAGGAGGACGAAUUCUCAAAGCAGUCACAAGAACUAGUCAAUGGUGAAGCCGUGCCCUCAGAAAUCGAAAGUGCAAUUAUAGAGCGCGAGAACCAGAUGACUGAAGCUCCCGCCAUCAAGUCUCCGUACAUAUCGGACGAGAGCAGGAGUCUAGAUAUAUCUAACAAGCUGAGGCCUAACGUUGCCACUCUGGAGGAUAGUCAGGAAACAGCAUCGGUCACGGGGGAUGAGGACAGAGAAAAUUCUAAAGAGGAGACCAGUCCGGGGGCAGGAAAUGUAGUUGGACAGGUGGAAGAUACGGACACGUCUGAGGGUAAUGAGAAAACGGAAGGAGCGGGGAGCGGAUCUAAGGCUGAGAGGCCCGCGUAUGACUUCCUGUACGGGUAUCCUACCACUAGUCUAAUGUCGCUGAAUUUAUUGGCCAACACAUCUGAAGUUCACCAGAGUCUGAUGGAGCACAUGGCCCAGAUACAGAGGGCGCCAGAAAUGCAUCAGAGUUUGCUGGAGUACAUGGCUCAACUACAGCGAGCACGUAUGGUGGGACUCACAGACUACAACACAGCCUUCACACGCCCCCCAGUUUCUUGUACGUACACGUCAUCCAGUGAUGUCGGCCUUAAUCUGACCACUUCUGAAAGUCAUACCAAAAUCAUAGGUCUGAAUUGUGACAUGUGCGACGCCAAAUUUACUGAUCAGGAAACGCUAGACAGCCAUAUGAAGACUCACGCGCUGAAAAACGGCAAUGACGCAAUGCUGAGUCAAGCCACAGAGGCAACUUCACCCACUAAAAGUGACAAGUUUCACACGUGUAAAACAUGUGGAAAGAGUUUCAGUGCUUCGUUUUGUCUACGGCGACAUGAGAUGAUACACAGUGGCAAUAAACCCUAUAAGUGUGACUACUGCCCGAAGGCGUUCGUGGAGAAACAGCAUCUCACAUGUCAUGUGCGCAUUCACACAGGCGAAAAACCUUAUUCGUGCAGCACGUGCGGAAAAGCGUUCACACAGUACGGAACGCUGCACAAGCACCUGCGCACGCACAAUAAAAACAAACCACACAAGUGUCAGUUCUGUGAAAAAGCGUACUAUGAACGUAGACAGCUAACUAAUCAUAUGUUAACGCAUUUUGAAAACAAAGGGAAGUAACUUGUCCACGCAAACCUUUUAGGAAAAAAUGAUUCCUAGGGGUAGCAAAAGCUUUAGAAGUAAUAUUUUUGUGGUUGUAAACUAUUUUACAGAAUAUUUUAAUGUAGGGGCCAAAAUGUGUCUAAUAGAUAUCAUCCUCAUUAUCUUUUGAAAAUCGUCAGAAUUCAAGAAAAGACUUAAGAAAGAAGCAAUUUCUUAAGGAUUCCAUAAGGAACCAUUUUUCUGUUCAUUUAGUAAGAAGGCAUUUUUACGAUUAUCAGAUGUUUCUUCAAAAUUUUUAAUUCAACGGAAUUGUUCAUCCUUAUUAUAAUUUAUGAUAUAUUUUAUAAAGCUGAAACUUGUGUACUAGUCUCGAAGAAAAGCAUUAUUGCUAUACAUGGUAUACAUGAUUCGAAUAGUCUUUAAAGAUUCCUUUUUAAAUGUGCUUUUCUUGAGAAUUUAUUUUUAAAAAUCAGGUGAAUUAUAUUUGGCUAGAAAACCUUUAAGAUAAGUUUAUUUAUAUUAAAUGUACUGAUAUUCAAAUGUAGUGGAUGACAAUGAUGAAAUUAACAAAACUUUUGAUUUUUUGCACAUUUAUUUUUAUCUUUGGGAAAAAAAAUUAUUUCAGUACGGUUGUUUUUUGUAAAUGCUAUUUUUACCUUUUUUGCUGUUCAACAGUUUUCAGCAGUGCUCGUUUUUUAUUCAGUGUUGAUAUUCAGUGAUGAUUACAUUAAAAGAUCUGGUUUUUUUUUCUUUUCUUCAUCAUGUUUAAACUGAAAAUAGAAAGAUUAGAUUGCCAGUCAGUAAACAUUUAUUGAAUUGAUUUAUUUACACAAGCAUUUAUUUGUAUAGAAUUUUUCCAUUUUAUUUUUAUUUGAAGAAAUAUUUGUUCUACAUUGUAUUUAUUUUUCUCUGAAAAAAAAUCUUAUGUAUCACACAAGGUUGAAAAAUUACAAAUUCAUUAGUCAUAUAUAUUCAGAAUUGUUGUCAAUUUUUUCCCUUUAUUUUUUUUCCAGUUCAUUAUAUCAUUUAUACAUAUAAUGUAUCUUAAUUGAAAAGAUGAACUUUAUGAAGAAUUUGAAGAGAAGUUUCCUUGUAAACACAAGUCAUCAAAUUUUUACAAUGAAUAGAGCUAUAUUUUAAAUCUUGUCUAUUUCACAAAAAUUUAAACCAUUUCUCCAUUAAAUUGAUACAUUCUGAUUCAUAAAGGUAAUUUUUUUUACCGACAACAUGUACAAGGAAUAUUUGAAAACAUAAAAUAAUGUUAAAUUCAUUUUCAAUCUACAUGUUCAUGAUGACCUCAUUUUUCUAUUGAAUAUACACUUACAAUCCAUAAAAGGAAUCUGACUGAGAAAAGAAAACGAAGGCAUUCUGAUUGUAACCAGAAUACCGCUAAAAUUCUGCUGAAAUCACGACAAUGUUCAUUUUAAUGUAUAUUUUUUAUUUCGUGGUAGUAAUAGAUAAGACUUAGCCUUAAGUAAAGAAAAACCCAUUGACCAUACCCACAGCUCUGAGUAUGUACGGCUUCACCAAAAAAAUAAAUGAGAGAUGUCGUUUUUAUAAAUGGUGCCAAAUUGUUGACCUUAUUUUGUUCACAUAUCGGUAGAAACCUGCGUGUGUACAAUGUUUACUUUGAUGUGCUGUCCCCCCCUAAUAACAUCGCCUAUAUAUUCACAGACUUUCCAUUGGAAAACCUACAUUGUUAUAUUAUGUCAUAGAGAAAAGAUUAUGAUGUAGUGGAUGUUAAAGAAAUUUUUCAUUGGUUGCUAUUUAUAGUAUAGUCAUUGAUUGGCUACUUUUUGCAGAUCUGUCAAUUUUAAUCUUGUAUGUAUAUUUUUUUCUCCCAUUAUUUAGAAAUGCACUGGGACGCCCCUAGAAAGUGUGAAGUCCAUAAUUUAAUAUUUAUUCAGUGUACAUGUACAUGUAUAAAGGAUGAUUUAUGAUGUUUGACAACAUCUGUUUUGUAAUUAUUUACUAGAAUAUGUGAGAUAAUGGAAUAUGUUUUCAUGAUUGUUUUCAGGAAGUUAAGUUUUUUUUUUUCCCAUCAGUUCACAGUUAGUAUUACCGUAUAUAAUUGCAGCAAUAUUUUUUCCAGCAUUUCUUGAAUUUAUAAUGAUGCAUUGGAAGAUUUUUGCCCCCCCCCCCUUUCCUCCCUUUUUAAUAAGAGGGGAAAACAUUGAUGAGAAAAAUUUACAUACUUUUUAUAUGAAGGAGAGAAGGGAAUAAUUUCAUUGUUGAUAUUUUUAAAGUUUCAUCAUUGAAAGGUGGGUACUUUGUCAUAGAACAUAGAGUGCUUUGUCACAGAAUAUUGGGUAGUUUGUCACAGAACAUUGAGUACUUCAUAAAACUUUGUGUACCUUGUCAAAAAUCAUUAUAAAUUCACUGUUACUUUAUUUUUGUAUCUUUGUACAUUAUCAUGUGAGAUGCAUAAAAUUGAUGUAUCAGUCAUGUUAAGAAAUUCAGGCAUUAUAAAAAAUUGCAGUAAGCAUUAAGUGCCCCGUGUACUGAUCAAAAGUAAAGCACUCUGUUAAAAAUUGUACUUUAAUUAACUCUAAUUGUAAGAUAAGUGUUAUCUCUCCAAUCGGAAGUCUUUGAACCUUAAAUAGAUCUGUCUGUGACAAUUUUUCCAGUAUAUGACUUUAUGUCAUUUAAAUUCACAAAUUUUGUUUGCUUCAGAAGGGGUUGCACAAUGUGUUCAGGUUAUCAUCAAUGUACUCUCUUUAAUAAUCCAGAAAAGGUUAACCAUUUUUAAAUUAGCAACUUUUAUACUGUAUUGUAAUUAAACCAAAGGCAAUAUACCUGUACUGUCACAAAUGAGAGAAUGUGUUCAUAUUUUUGACAUGGUGGUAAUAUAUAUAUCACUAUUGCUGAAAACUGCCUCUAUCACCAUUUUUUUUUCUAUCAUCAGUUUUGAUCUGAAACUAUCAUGCUUUUUCUCUUGUAUAUACACUUUGGUGCUAUGUUUAUUUAGAAAACAUUACGCAAUUCAGAUUGGAAUUUAUAGAAAAAUUUGUAUUUUUGCUUUUCACAAUGUGUACAGCUAUAUAUUUGUAGAUGGGGUCAUGUGACCCCGUCUAUUUUAAGUCUUUCUAGGGGCGUCCUAGUGGAGUGUUUGUGUCAGAUGUUUGCUUUAAUGUUAGAUAAUGCAUGCUGUAAGUGCCAUUUAUUGACCGAGGCUGAAGGCCGAGGUCUUAAGCCAGUGCUAGGUAGAUGUUUGUGACGUAAUCAUUGUUAUCAACCAUUUAGAUCUAGUUGUCUCCUUAUCAAUUAGAUAUGAAUAAAUAUUAAGAAAAUGUUA